GCACUCGGCUGUUGCAUCGCAGAUACCAAUACCAAUUAACAAACAGCAUGCAGGGCUCCAGUUGAAAAUACCGCUUAAAAUGUUUAAUAUAGCAAUGGGUUGUCCAUGUAAUGAGUUCUUUUAAAAGUUGACUUCUAUUGUGUCGGCCCAUUGUUUAAAGUGAUUUASAAGCAUCAAUUCUAACAACAGGCCAUAUACAAGGAUUAUUUCGACCACGUAAAGAUGCUAAUCGCUCCGAAGUGGUUUCUUUGUUUGACUGUUAGUCAGCCGUUAUCACUGUAACUACAAGAAACACAGCCAUACAAACACUUGGUCGUCAUGUUCUACCUGGCUCUCUUAAAAACAUUCUUUGCGAUCUAAAAUGUUCUCAAGCUACAUCGAUAGACAAAAGUCUCGAGUUGGAAGCUCGGAAAAGUCUCAGAAAGUUCACUCUGCCAAUUGGAAAGAGGAGGUACAGCUCAGAAAAGAACUGAUUUGUUUGAACAAACAAGAACAACAGCGUGUCAGCAGAAUUUCAACCGAUCAAAGAAUAGUCGUGAAUCGUUUUCAAAAGAAACUUUCAAAAAGUGUUGAGAUAUCAAAAGCCCACGAACACAUCAUGAAUGUUAUGAACGGCAAUAGAGCGGCAAUGACGCAGCAAUUUCUUAACAGAGAAACGACUUCAUGUGAGCAUAUGAGAACUAUACGAUGUCUGAACGCAUUCCCAAAGCCUCCCGUGCCGACAUUCAAUAAGGGCAGGUCAAAAUCUUGCGAGCCACCCAAAACGAAAGAUACUGAACGCGUGCUAGUAAAASAAGACCAACAAAAAUCAGAAAAGGAUCUUAUUCCAAGGCCUAUGACCGCUUUAGAGAAAAGAAAUAUAUUAUGGGAAAGACAACUAAACUCUGUAACUCAGAGAAUCAACAGAGCAAGAAGCGCUCCAGCUAAACCAAACUUUUAUAAACUACCAGAAUUUACCAUCGACACAAACAAAGUUGGAAAAAGAAGCAGAACAAUCAGUAAACGAACUGGAAUGACUUAUACAGUCGAUAUGGAACUUUAUAGAUAUACUCGUGAAAAAGAAAUUGAGAAACAAAAUAUGGCUGUGAGSAAGUAUUUGAAAAGUAUAGAAGGCUUAGAGCUCGUACCAUGGACACCCUUUGACUAUCAARAUAACGAUACAAGUACCGUGAAUAACGCAGAUAUGAGACGCGUCUCGAGAACUCGUCAAAGAACUCCUUCUGGGACUGCAGGUGAUGUGAGCGGCGAUCCCGUAAAUGCAUGGACAUGACACGUUUUUUUUAGCAAGUGUGAUUGAUUUUUCAUAAUAACAUAAGUGAUGAUUAUAAUUGAUGAAGUCGCAAUGUUUGCAAUAAAGACAAUCAACGAAGAACUAAAGCAAUUCAUAAAAUAGGUAAAAGUUGUAGCUUUUGCUCACUUUAAAUUCCUGGACAGUUUUUAAUUUUGAUUUUCGCGUAUGAAUUCAGUCCUAUUUUGGCAUUUAAAACUGUAGCUAUAUAAUUGUUAUUACUAAAAUAAAAUCUUGAAAAGUCUCAAGAAAUGAAGUAGAAAAAAUUAACGGCUUCAUGAGGGCUCGAACCGCGAACCCCGCAAUUAAUACUUUGACACCGCCGUGAAAAAGCAAAUCAGCCGUGGAGCCUGGGCCCCCUGUGCCAAAACUUUUAGCGAAUGGUCAAGUAACAUGUCACAUGUCAUUUCAAUGGGAAAUUGAAAAUGGGGCAACUAGACCAUAUGUUUGAAAAGUCGGUUUUUGCCUCAUAUCCUUUCUAAGUUAAUUAUCUAGAGCUCUUGCCUUAGAAUGGUUGUCCAUCACUUGCUGUUAAGGAGAUAUUUGGUGAUAAAGGUCACGUGACCUAACUUUACUUCUCAAAAUCUGCCAUUUUCUCAUCACUAAAUAUAGAAAGUCAUUUAUUCUAAGCCAAGUAAUGUUUAUUUAGUUAAACUUAAUAGUUUGACGUCAAAAAGCUUUCAAUAAAGUAUGUUUUCAUUA